UUUGCGUUAAAAAUGGAUUCAAUGGUGUGAAACUUUGAAAAUGUUGGGAAACUGUUUCGGCAGUGAUACUCUAAAGAAAACAGCUGUUUAUGAGUGGCAUGAACGCUUCAAAAGUGGUCCGUCGAGGAUGACGAACGCAGUGGCAGGCUGUCGACAUCGAAAACCGAUGAAAACAUCAAUAAAGUGAGAGAAAUGUUGAUCAAUAACCGCAAAUUAACUAUCAGAGAGUUGGCAGAGGACUUAAACAUUGCUUAUGGAUCCAUUCAGGACAUUGUAGUUAAUGGUUUGGGUUUGCGCCGUGUUGCUGCAAAGUUGGUCUCGAUGGAACUGAAUUUCAUGCAAAAAAGGGACCGCAUUGUCUUCGCCAAAGACAUGAUUUCCAAGGCUGAAUCCAAUCCAACAUUCAUCAAACGCAUCAUUACUGGAGAUGAGACGUGGGUUUAUGAGUACGACAUGCAAUCCAGACAUCAGGCGAGUGAAUGGAAAGCUCAAAUGAGCCAAGACCAAAAAAACCAUGUCGUUUUCAGUCGAAAAAGAAAGCGAUGCUCACAGUUUUCAUGGAUUACAACAGUAUUGUACAUCACGAAUUUUUGUCAGAAGGUCAGACAGUUAAUAAGGAGUAUUAUUUGGGCAUUAUGAGACAUUUGCGUGAAGCAGUUCGCCAAAAAAGAAAGGAUUUGUGGGCAAACAACUCGUGGAUAACACACCGUCGCACAGUGCCAUCAUUAUCCGUGAAUUUUUGACCAAGAACGAAACGAAUACCAUCCAACAGCCAUCGAAUUCACCUGAUAUGGCUCCCUGCAAUUUUUUUCUGUUCGAUCAAAAAAUCAUUACGGGGAACGCGUUUUAACAGCCGAAAGGAG